CCCAAAACAGAGCCUGGGGGACGGAAGAACUGGAAAGGCCCCAGAGGCACCUCCGCUUUCACUUUCACUCUCCGAGGCGCAGCUAAAGCAGGCAGCGGCGGCGGUUCCUCCAUCCCGCUGGGCCCGGCAGCAGAUUAUCGUAUGUGGAAAUCAACAUAAGCAAGGCAAGAAUGGCAGCCUUAUUCUCUACUCUGCCAUUUGCAGAUAAAUCCUCUCUCAUGUUGAUGAUGAUGAUGACGAUAUGUAUUUUAAAUGUUGCCGUUUCUGUGAAUAAUGACCACAAUAGCAAGAACAGGGAGACAGCUGAUGCAGUGUCUGGCAAUGGAAGCAAACCGUUUCCUUGGGAUAAAAUGAGGCUUCCCAAGCAUGUCAUCCCAGUGCAUUAUGAUCUUCUCCUCCAUCCUAAUCUUACAACUCUAACUUUUACUGGAUUUGCCAAAAUAGAGAUUACAGUAAACCAACAAACUAGUUCAGUCAUCCUGCACAGCAAACACCUGCAAAUUACCAGGGCUACCAUCCAAAGGAGAAUGGGAAAUCGUCACACCGAAGAAGAAGUGAUGGUUUUGGAAUACCCACCAUUUGAGCAGAUUGCCCUCCGGGCAGCUUUUCCACUGCAUGUUGGACAAAACUACACUGUUAGCAUUGAAUAUUCUGCAAAUCUGUCAGAGAGUUUCCACGGCUUUUAUAAAAGCACCUAUAGAACCCAGGAAGGAGAAGUGAGGGUACUUGCAUCAACACAGUUUGAGCCAACAGCUGCUCGCAUGGCUUUCCCAUGUUUUGAUGAACCAUCCUUCAAAGCCAGAUUUUCCAUUAAGAUUAGGAGAGAACCAAAGCAUCUUGCACUAUCUAAUAUGCCAAUAGUGAAAUCUGUGAGUGUUGCUAAUUGGCUAGUUGAAGACCAUUUUGAUGUUAGUGUAAAGAUGAGCACUUAUCUAGUGGCCUUUAUUGUUUCGGAUUUUAAAUCAGUCAGCAAGAUGACCACCAGUGGAAUUAAGAUAUCUGUAUAUACUGUACCAGAUAAGAUCAACCAAGCUGAUUAUGCCUUGGAUGCAGCAGUGAAACUUUUAGACUUCUAUGAGAAUUACUUCAGCAUUCCAUAUCCCUUACCCAAACAAGAUCUUGCUGCUAUUCCUGAUUUUCAGUCUGGAGCUAUGGAAAACUGGGGACUGACCACAUACAGGGAAUCUUCUCUGCUAUAUGACCCUGAAAAGUCCUCGGCGUCGGCUAAACUUUGGAUUACUAUGAUAAUAGCCCAUGAGCUGGCUCAUCAGUGGUUUGGAAACCUAGUUACCAUGGAAUGGUGGAAUGAUCUUUGGCUAAAUGAAGGAUUUGCAAAGUUUAUGGAGUAUGUGUCAGUCAGUAUUACUCAUCCAGAUCUGAAAGUUGAAGAUUAUUUUUUAGGCAAGUGUUUUGAUGCCAUGGAGGUGGAUGCAUUAAAUUCCUCACAUCCUGUGUCUACUCCUGUGGAAGAUCCAGCUCAAAUUCAAGAAAUGUUCGAUGAUGUUUCCUAUGAAAAGGGAGCUUGUAUUCUAAAUAUGUUAAGGGAUUACUUGAAUGCAGAUGUGUUUAAAGCUGGUCUUGUACAAUAUCUGCGGAAGUACAGCUAUCAGAAUACAAAAAAUGAAGAUUUAUGGAACAGUCUGGCAUAUACUUGUCCUGCGGGUGACACUGAGGAAAGCCAACUACAAGGUGAUGGCUUUUGCACCAGAAACCAACAAACAUCUUCAAGUGCACACUGGACCAGGAGAGAGAUUCUUGAUGUGACGACAAUGAUGAACACUUGGACAUUACAAAAGGGUUUUCCACUAGUAACUGUCACAGUAAAAGGAAAGACUGUCCAUCUGCAUCAAGAGCACUAUAUGAAGGGAUCAGAUUCUUCUCCAUCAACAGGGUACUUGUGGCAUGUUCCAUUAACGUACAUUACUAGUAAAUCUGACACAGUGCAAAGAUUUUUGCUGACAACUAAAACAGAUGUCCUCAUCCUCCCAGAAGAGGUAGAAUGGAUAAAAUUCAAUCUGGGAAUGAAUGGUUAUUACAUUGUGCACUAUGAAGAUGAUGGAUGGGAUGCUCUGAUUAGCCUUUUAAAAGAAAACCAUACAGCAAUUAGCAGCAAUGAUAGAGCGAGUCUCAUUAACAAUGUAUUCCAGCUUGUGAGUAUUGGAAAACUAUCAAUUUCUAAAGCUCUUGAUUUAUCUUUGUAUUUGAAAUAUGAAUCCCAAAUUAUGCCUGUAUUCCAAGGUAUGAAUGAGCUGAUUCCUAUGUACAAGCUCAUGGAGAAAAGGGACAUGGAUGAUGUAGAAAAUCAGUUAAAGGGGUACAUAGUCAAUCUGUUUAAAGACCUAAUUGACAAACAGUCCUGGAAUGAUGAGGGCUCAGUGUCCGAGAGAAUGCUUCGCAGUUCCCUACUCCUGUUUGCGUGUGCGCGCAAAUACCAACCGUGUGUGGACAAAGCAGAAGAAUAUUUUAUGAAAUGGAAGGAAUCCAAUGGAACUUUACGUUUGCCCAAUGAUGUUAAAACUGCAGUAUAUGCUGUUGGAGCCCAGACAAUCGAAGGUUGGGACUUCCUUUUUAGUAAAUACAGGCUGCCUUGGUUCAACACUGAGAGAAAUCAGAUUGAAGUUGCUCUCAGUAUUAGCAGAAAUAAGGACAAACUUCAGUGGAUAAUGGAUCAAAGUUUGCUUGGUGAUGUAGUAAAAACCCAGGAUCUUCCACAUAUCAUCGUGUUUGUUGCUAAAAACCCAUCUGGCUAUCAUCUAGCAUGGACAUUUUUGAAGGAAAACUGGAAUAAACUUGUACAAAAGUUUGAACUUGGCUCAGCUUCUCUAGCCCACAUGGUAAUUGGAGUGACAAAUCAAUAUUCUACGAGGGAACAGCUUGCAGAGGUGAAAGAAUUCUUCAAUUCUCUGGAUGAAAAAAGUUCACAGCUCCGCUGUGUCCAACAAGCUGUAGAAACCAUUGAAGAAAAUAUACGAUGGAUGGACAUAAACUUUGAAAAAAUCAAAAUAUGGUUACAAAAUAACAUGUGAAGGAUUUAUUGCAUCUGGUUUUGAAUAUUUGAAUUUAAAUUACAAAACAGUGAAAAUUUCAAAAAAAUCUAAAGCUUUUUUGUUGUUUUGGGGUGAGGAGAUUUACUUAAAGAGUUGAUGAUAUGGGCCCCAUUCUGUUCCUUUGUAUGAGAUUGACUGUCGAUUUCAAUAGGAGCAAGAUAGGGCUCUAUAUGCACACCUUCAAUCCAAUAAUAAAUCCACAAUUGUUGAGCAAUAAAAAUUGCUCACCAUGGCCUGUGUAAACUGGGGAUUUUGAAUUCUAAAAUUGGAAUACUUGAAUUCUAAAAAAUGGAUUUACUAUUCUAUUUUGAGGACAAACUAAUUUGUGAAAUGACAGAAAAUGGAUGAGUACACAACUGAACUAUAAAUGGAACACUCCACAUAUGAGAUGGCAUAGAAGUUUGUAUCCCCUUGCCAAACACUAGGUACGGCAAGCAAUUUCUGCUCAGGGUAGCCCAGCACUGGAAUAUUUAUAGGUAUGCUAGUUUAACAUAGAGAUGUAUUGAAAUUAUGAAGGUGAGAUGAUUUCUUAGCACCUACUUUUUACCUGUAUUUUGUGAAUCUGCAGUCAGUCCUUCAAAAUAAUUUAUGUAAAACACCAUGAGGAAUUUAAUCCUUUCCUAUAUCAAGGUGUUCAGUAUUAGGAUAUAUAUUGCAAUUAUAAUUAGGAUUAAUACACUUCAAAAGUAGAAGUGAUAAGAAGUGCAGUUGAAUAACUAACUUAUUUUUCCCAUACCUCCUCUUUUUAUAAUUAUAUGGCUAUUGCUUCAUGAGAGCAUUUUUUAUUAUGUCUUAUUUGACUGUGGAAAGUCAGUUACUCGCUUACCUUUAUAUUAAAUCUUAUACUCCUUUUUAAUAUAGAAUUACAUUAGAGUAAUAAUAUGUGAUCUGAAUCUGAAAGUUCAACAGGAUCAGAGAUAUUUAAUAUUUUACAUCAGUAUAACUAGUAACUUUUUGAUAGGGUCAGGGUGAUUUCAGUAUGUGCUGUUAAUUAGCUCUUCCAGCUAACGAAAGUGCACUUUUAAAAAAUAAAUAUCCUUUUCAGAGGAUUAACCUAUUUAAAAAGUGAUUACUAAAUAUUACUCAUUUUUAUUAUAAAUUGGGCCUGUUCUCCUAAUACAAACCUAAGACAAAGAAGAAAGAUGGUCAGGUGCAUAAAGCAUGACAUCUAGGUUGCAUGUUUGGCUCGUUCAGAAGAAGUUUGUAUGAUCUUUACCAAGUUCUUUUCUGUUGUGUGUCUUUCUUACAGUAAAAUGGGAAAUGGAGAAACUGACUGUACACAAAAUAUUGUCAAAUGCAUAAUCUUAAAGUGAAAACAGAUUGGUUUUUCCUCAGAUCUGUCAGUUGUAAUAAGGUAGAAUGGGAAAUAUCAGAAACUUCAGACAGAAGUGUGAUUUCUAGGUUGCUGGCAAUCCUUGGUCAGGACUUUAGUAUCCUAUCUGUAAAACUGGGAUACUUCUGCUUACCUACCUCACUAAAUUGGUAAUGCUUAUUUCAUUAAUGUUUGUAAAUGGCUUUGUGCUCUUCAGAUGGAAGUAAAAGUGUUAGUGGAACACUGAAGGAAAGGCUGCUUUCUUGUUGAUUAUGAUGUCCUUCAGUAACUGUUAGGAAAUACCCUCACCAUUGGUCACUGUUACUAAAUUCUUACUAAAGGGAAUUCUGAAUGUGCACCAGGGAAGAACAGACACCCACAGAAUUAUUGCAGUAAAUAUUUAUAAAAUUGAUUUUAUAACCAUACCAGGAAACAUGUUUGACAAGCUGUUUAAAACACAAAUUUGCACGUCAACUAAAUUUUGCAUCUCUUGCAAUUUUGCAUUUGUAAACAUUUUAAACUGAUGUUCUCUCUCUAUGUCAUGGAGAGAUGUAGUUUGAAAUUCUGAACUAAAAAUAAAUAGAAAAAGAUUGUUUUUGUUAUUCUCAGAGUAAUUGACCCAAAAAAGGAAACUAACAAAGAUGCAAAGACUCUAACACUUUAGGGCAUGUUAACUGUUGCUCAUUUAAGAAGUGUUAGUUCUGACUGUUGCAUGUGACCAACAUAAAUUUAAUCAAUUUUAUCUUUGAACAUUAGGAGUGUACAGUGCAGUCAAGAUCCUCCAACACUAUGAGAAAUGGUACACAUGGCCAAAAGGCUGUGUAGAUUAGCUGCUGUGUGCUAUUUAUUCCCUAGAACUAGCAUGACUUAUGUAACAGAUUCUGAAUUUUACUUUACGAGCUAAUUAAAUAGCGCUUUAGGAUCCAUGCACCUGGUCACCUUCUGGGAAACAAACAAAAGCAGUUGUGAAAAUCCAUCUCAAAACAGUAUUUUACUAAGUAUUCAGGUUCUUAGUAUUUAGAAAAAUUGAAUGAAUCUUCAGUCUUCUAAAUGUCAGAAUGAUUGUUAAUCGUUUGAAAAAAAGUUAAGCACCAAAUUUUCAAAGCCUUAACUGAAUCCCAGUUUUUGUCAGUGCAGUUUUGCAUCUGCAGUUAUUUGUCCUCAGUCUAGGUCCUUCUGGGCUGGAUCCUGCAAGUUGAUUUCAACAGGUGCACCUCUGCACUUGUGCUCAUAGUUUAGGUA